UCUGUUUUCAGACAGUGUUACGUUGGUAGGAGUCGGGGGAGGUUGUAAUAUCACAUAGCGAUGUGUAAAUUCCUGAAAUAAUCGUCAGCUGAUGUGUAUAUAUUGUUAAUUAUUUAUUUAAAUUAUUUACUAUGAAUUCACAGUCUACAAAGCGGAAAAUGGAUCAGUCAUCGGCAUCAGAAAAUAAGCUAAAAAGACCAAAAGAGUUGAAAGAGACUUCAGGCUCCACAUCAAAAUCUGUAAAAGUAGUUGAUAAACACAACCCAUUAGCCUUUAUGAAAGAUAUCCAUGUUUACAUUUUACCAGCCAGUAUUGAAAAAGCGCGAAUGGCAAUUUUCAAAACACAACUUGGAAAGUAUGGAGCAACUGUGUGUGAGGAGCUAAACAAAACUUGCACGCAUUUAGUUGUGGACGAUAAGAUGGAUGUAGAUAGAAUGAUUCGAAUAUUGAAAUUAGAAGCUCCCCCUACUGGUGUGUUUAUUGUUAAAUCGUCUUGGUUAAGCACAUGUUUUAGGGGAAAGAUAGUUGCUGAAGAGAGUGACCAUGAAUUAAACUUUACAGAAUACCUCUCUGAUAAGGUGAAGAAAGAUGAAACAAGUGGCCAGGCUAGUGUUUCUGCGGAAAAAGCAUCUAGUGCAAACAUAGAGGUAGCGUCAUCUGCAAGUAUUGUUAGAACGAGUAAUGUAGCAGUCACAAACAAUUCCGAGGGUGCAAGUCCGUCAAAGAAAGACUUUAUGAAAGUUGGUGUGAUGUCUGGAGCAUACAAACACGCUCACAGAGAACCUACUGAGGAUGAAGAAGAUUACGACAGUGAUUAUGUCCACAGUGAUGGAGAAAUCAGCGUAGGAAAGACAGAGGGCUAUGACAGCUGCAGCAGUGAGGAUGACUUUCUCACUGAUACCACUGACAAUACAUCAUCCAGCAGCUCUCCUAAUGUGUCACCCAACAAACUACUACCAAGAGGACAUUGGGUUUGUGCACAGUCAUCCAAAACCAUGAGACCAAACUACAACAAACAUAUAACUGACAAACUGGAGGAAAUGGUGAAAACAUAUCAAAGUACCAAUGACAGGUGGAGGGCACUGGGUUAUCAGAAAGCAAUCCAAGCCAUCAGGAAGCACCCAAAGCAGAUAUCUUCCUGGGAGGAAGCCAAAGCUUUGCCAGGGGUUGGCUCUAGACUAGCUGAUAAAGUGUGGGAAAUAGCCGAAAGUGGAGAGCUGAGAAAACUGAAUGAAUUCCGGUCGAGUGAGGAGUUGCAAGUUAUCUCCCUUUUCACAGAUGUGUGGGGUGCUGGAGCACACACAGCCCGUACCUGGUAUCAACAGGGUUUCAGAACAUUGGACGACCUUAGAACAAAAGCUAACCUGACCAAACAGCAGAAGAUUGGACUUUCACAUUAUGCAGAUUUUCUUGAUCGUAUGCCACGUUCAGAAGUAGAGGAGAUUCAGAAAACAGUGCGAGAUAUAGCUGAGAAUCUCGUCCCAGGCACCAGGUGUGAAGUAUGUGGGUCUUACCGUCGGGGCAAGUCCACCUGUGGUGACAUAGACAUACUGAUCACACAUCCAGAUGGCAAAUCGCACCGUGGAAUAUUUGGUGUAAUAUUGAGCAGACUACGACAGGAGGGCUAUUUGACAGACGACUUGGUAACGGGCGAGGAAAACGGAAAUCAAAAAAAGUAUAUGGGUGUGUUUAAACUCCAUGGAGACAACAGGAAGCAUCGCCGGAUUGACAUCAUCGUAACGCCAGUAGAGGAGUACGCAUGCUCCCUGGUGCACUUUACGGGCUCAGCUCACUUCAACCGUUCCAUACGUCAUCUGGCCAAGAAGAUGGGCAUGUCACUGUCAGAGCAUGCGCUUAGAACAGGGGUGAUUCGCAAAGGAGGGGAGAAAAUAUUUGAAGGCACUGCGCUGCCUACACCGACUGAGGAAUCCAUAUUCCGUCACAUGGGGAUUCCAUAUCGACCACCUGAUGAACGGGACCAUUAGUCUACUGAACUCAUGUAUAUUAAAUUAAAUUUCAUAUAUAUAUAUAUAUAGAUAUGAAUUUAAUUUUUGAAAUAACCUGUAUUGUGAUUAUUUUCAACAUGAUUUCCUCUUCAUUCUGCUGACGUACAGGUGUUGCACUUUAGUGUUGUCAAAAAUCUAGUUGUUAGAUGUAUCUUUGAAGGUGCAUGUUUCGGAAAAUUCUUACAUUUUGGUUGUUCAUGAAUUGGUUUUUACCCGUCUUCUACUACAUCAGCACUCAGUAGUUGAAAAUAACACAACUGUUCGUUUGAACUUUGCAAAUUGAAGGCGUUUUUGGAUCAUUAAAGUUAGAAAAGAUUAAUUAAGGAUUUUGUGACAGGUUGGUAAAUACAAUAUCUCUUUACCGUACUUUAAAAAUAACAAAUACGCCCAUACAAAUACAAGAACCCUAUUAUUUUCCAUUGACCUUGAUCCUUUUUUCCAAGGUCGUUGGGUCUAUGCCUCCAUUACGUCGGAAACAGGCUAUCCCUUACAACUGUACCUAUGGGCAAGAAACAUUUAGUACAUUGUACAGUAUUUUGUAUUUUCACUUCAUUCCAGCUCACAUGGCAACCUUGACAUAUAAAAUUUUAUGUCAAGAACUGGACGUAAAGUUUUGGUGUAGAAAGAUUUCAUUAGGGUUGUUUAUACCUUGGGUGUAUUAAUAAAUAUCAGUGGACAUAACCCGAUAACUUCAUGAAACAGUCGCAAGUAAGCUCAUGUCUUUUUGUUUCAGUUGGAACAUGCUAGCAUGUGUACUUGGUGGCAAUAUUAACCGAAGUUUAAGGCGUAUAUUUAAUUACUUUUAUGUAGGUUUUUAUUUACCUUUAUCUAGAUUUUUAUUUACCUGAUUUUAUGUGAUAUCUUAUCUUAUACAAAGUUAAUAUAAUGAAAUGUACAUACUCCUCGAAAUGAAUAUUUAACCCCUUAUAAUUGGAAUAUAGUAUUGCUAAAUGUGUCCCGAAUUUUGCAAAAGUAUUUAAUAGAAUUUAAUUAUCGCCAAACGGGUUUAGUAAAUAUGAAUGUAGCACAUACACGCAUGAUGUAAAUUUUGAGUGCAUAAAAUUUAUAGUUUUAUACCAAAGAUUAAUUCUCUAAUGUAUUUAACAUUCAUGAAUUAAUGUACUUAAAUGGUCACCGGCCAUUGGACAUUUUCAAUAAUUUAUUAAGAUUUUGUUUGAUAGCUGUCUUAAUGCCAAUGUCUUAGUCACGAUUUAUGCAAAAUAAAUUCAUUUUCUUUAUAGA